GGGAUCUAGCGCGCCCGCGCGGUUGGAAAGUGACUGCGGCGGCGGCAGCGGUGGUGUGGCGCACCUUGGCCAAGCCUGCCCGUGCGCCCCUCUCCAAAGCUUUGUGCCGUGCGCCCUGAGCGCACAAUGGACGGGGCCGCCGCCGUCUCCAACUGCGGAGCCCUGCAGGGUGCCGUCGCCCGAGCCGCUGCCGCCGUCGAGGAUCCCGGCGCGGGCAGGCGGCGGAAAAGCCCCGGUCUCGGCCAUGCCGCCUUCCCCUCGCCUGCCGGAGCCGGGCUAGGAGGCAGCCCCGAAGCCAUGGAGCUAGGGCCGGUGACCAUCUGCGGAGAACUGAGUGUGUUGCACGGGGGGUUCCUGCUAGCUUCCAGCAUAUGCCACCCCAAACCCCUGUCGGAGUUGACCAAGUCCGACUGGCCCCAAGUGGGGAAGCCCAUCAUCGAUGCCCUGGAAGAAAUCUGCACGUCCCAUUCGUCCUACCCUCCCGAGCCCGGCGCCUGGAAGAGGAAAGCCGCCGUGGUCCUCUGGUCUAAGAUCCUCCUCUCGUCACCGUCCGUCUCCGCCAACCAGAGGUGGAAGGAAGAUGUCUUCUUCUCGGCCAGCAGCAUGAUCCCAGAGAUCAACCACACUGUCCUCUUUGAGCUCUUCAAGGCUGUCAACGCCCCACGGCUGUUUGCCCAGCUGCUGCUGGUGUUGCCGGAACACGUCUGCCGGAAGGAGCUGGAGACCUUUGUGGGGUAUGUGGCCAGCGAGACUUCCCUGGCCGACGUCUCGUUCUUCUUGGACGUCUGGUGGGAAAUUCUGAAGCAUAAGGAGGGGCAGGAGGACAGGCUGGUGCUGCUCUUCCGCUCGGUGUCCCACCAGUACCUCUCGGAGCCUGACGAGGCGGGGCAGCCCCCCAAGAGAUUCAAGAGUGAUGCCCCUUCUUUGCUAGGUUCCUCUGUGGCCGCUGGCGUCCUCCCGAUCUUGACUGAAGGGUUGAAGCUCAUCAAGGAGCGCGUUGACCCGGCCAGGAUGAAAUGCUACGCUCUCGCCAACCUGGCAGAUGUGCUGUCUGGGUCGCUCGCGGCGCAGCGCGAGGCGGACUCACUGCCAGUCCAGGCUUAUUUGGAGAAGAUCUCCUCUGUGGUAACUCUCUGGAGCAGCGACCGCGAUAGUCCAUACGGCAAGCAGGAACUGGGCGAGCAGGUGAAGGAGGCAGAGAGGAGCACCAGCUUGCUGAAUGCCGUGAGGCCGCCGGGUGAAGCGCUGCCCGUCGAUGUGGGCUUCCUCCGGGCCUUGCUGGAGGAGUGGUCCCCUGCUCUGCAGGAGCUGCUCAACGACCCCCAGCAGAUCUGCUACGAGAGCUACCGGCUCCUGGAGGCCCUGGCCUCUCUCGAGAAGAAGCUGGCAGGCUGCUCCAAGCAGGAAGACCACAACAGAGACGCCGCGCAGGAGAUGUCGGCGCUCGGUGACCUUAUCGCAGGCUUCUUGAAGAAAGUGAGCCCUGAGUUGUGGGGCAAGAGCUCCGGUGGUGACCUCCUGCCUUCGGUGGCCAUGGUGGUCAUCGAGAAGAAGAUGGACAGGCACCAAGAGAUGUGCUCCCUUUUUGCUUCGGAGAAAAGCUGGGCGUUCACAGACGACUGGGUCGCUUGCCUCGUUCGGAACAAAGACCUGUUCAAGGAACCAGAGCUGGUCUCGAAAUUGCUGGAGACGGUGGCAUCUGCCGACUCCUCCGGGAAGCAGGAGCAACAAGCCACGGUGGCGAGGGUCCUGCUUGAGUGCUACACGGACCUUUCCUUGCCGGAUAAGAACAAAGUGAUUUCGGGCGUCUUGGCUGCUUGGGGAAGACAGGGCCUCUCCAGGGUGUCGCAGGCUUUCUCCGAGGGGUUCCAGGAGGACCUCAACGUGGCCUUCAACCAGAUCAUCCAGAGCGCUUCCGGAGAAGGCUUGAAGAAGGCUGUGGCUUCCGUUUCCCGGCUGGUCGUCCUCAACCCGGAGGCGACCAUCAAGAAAAUGAGCAACUUAGCUGUGGCCAAUCUGGGGACGCACCAGUUCUUGGCGGAGAUCCUGUGUUCCUUCCCGGCUCUGAGCUUCCGAGAGACUCCGGACUCGGAGGAAGCACCCAUCAGCCUGCUGCUGGGGUGCCUGAAAGAAGCCGUCUGGGACCGCCUCUCGUCGCCCAAGGAGAAGGAGCAAUUCCUGGAGUUCUUGGUUUAUCUCUUACAGCCAAGCGGAGCGAGCCCUCUCCUCUCCCCGGCAGAGGUGACGCAGGCCCUCGUCCUCCCUUUCCUGAAGGCGGGCUCCCCUUGCGUCGAGCUGUGCUUGCAGAUCCUCAACAAAGUCUUGAAAGUGCCGCUGCCCCCCAAGGAGGGCAGCUGGCUCCACACCUGCCACCCCUUCCCGCUCCUCUUCUGCCUCUGCAAGCUCCUCAACGGCUUUGCCCAGUACUGGCACGAGCCGCAAGACCAGCACAGCUGCCCCUUGGAAGCCAAGGACUUGGUGGCCGCCAACCUAGCUCAGCUCUGCGACGCCCUCUUGGCGCAGAAGGACUCCCUCUCGCCCGAGCUGUGGGCGCAGUCGGUGGCUUGGCUCCACAAGAAGGUGGCGGCAUUAGACUGGACUGUCGGCCUCCGGCUGAAGAGCAUCUACGGGGAGCACUUCAAGAACGAGGUGCCGGCCACGCUCUUUGAGGUUUGCAAGCUCCCAGAGGGCGAGUGGACGUCCUGCCCGCUCCCGAAUUACGGCGCGGGCAGCGGCCUGCUGGCAUGGAUGGAGUGCUGCUGCGUCUCUGCCGCCAUGCGGGAGCAGAUGCUGGCGCUGCUGACGGUCAACGUGGACAACCCCGAGGAGGUCAACCUCUUCAGCAAAGGCUUCCUGGUGGCCCUCGUCCAGGUCUUCCCUUGGUGCAGCCACAGCGAGUGGCGGGGGCUGGUAGGCGUGGUGCAGAGCCUCCUAGAUCGGGAAGUGCUGUACGUGCCUUAUUCGCUGGAGUACGUCCAGUUCCUGCCCUUGCUGAACUUCCGCCCGUUUGCCUACCACCUCCAGUUCUCGGUGCUUCUCUUGAGGGCCUUCCAGUUCCUCUGCGGCGCCAGUGGUUCCACCUGGCUUCCAGCGGAGGCGUGGAAGCACGUGGCCCGGCUGUACUGCCUCGCCGUCUCCGACCUGCUGGGCUUGGUCAAGGGCAUCGCCCGGAAUCAGUGCCACCCGGCCCAGGAGAAGACCAGCGUGACGCGAGAGCUGUCCUUCGUCUACGUCCAGCUCUUCUGCCACGCCCUCCACGUGGCCGCCAUGCUGCCGGAUGACAGCACGGGCGAGCCCCUCCUCCUCCUCUCCCUGGAGAUCCUCUCGCAGUACGAGAUGCUCUACGACGCCGACGAGUCCCUUGGCAGCGCCCUGAGGAAAGCCAACGAGAGGCACUUCCUGGAGUCCAUCGCGGAGAACGUCACCAACAAGGAGCUGCGGACGAUGCUCAUGCAGAAGCUCCGCAAGCUGUGAAGCCGGCUGCGGCUCGAGAACUGGGGAGCAGGCCGCGGGAUCUGUGCGGAGUUAAAAAGGUGCCUUCUGAACCUCAGGACCGUGGUUCGUUUUGCAGGUGUCUCCCCAAAGGAGGAGGGUGGGAGAUUUGGAACCUCUAUAAUAAACCCUUUUAUC